AUGGCUUCGCAGCCGCCAACACUACCUUCACUGACAAACAGCUCGUUCCCCUUCCCGCCUCCUCCGCCGACCACGUUAACUCCACUACCGCCAUUGCUACCCCCAAUACCCGACAGUUGGGUGCUGCUGGCGCUGCCCAUCAUCACCUACUGGUCGCUGUCGCUGUUCUUCCAUUUCCUCGACACCUACAAUCUCCUGUCGCGGUAUCGGCUACACACACCCGAAGAGGUCCUGAAAAGAAACCACGUUACGCGCCGCGAGGUGAUCCGCGAUGUCGUGCUGCAGCACAUCGUCCAGACGAUCGUCGGCGGGAUAACCGCGUUCUAUGAGCCCACCGAGAUGGUGGGUCGAGAGGCGGCCGAAGUGUUUGCGCUGUACACGCGGUUCUUGUCGGUCGAGCGAUGGAUGACGGCGGCCCUGGGGGUCGUCGGGAUCAAUGGUGCCGCGUUGGAGGAGAAGGUUGUGCGCGGGGUUGUGGGCGCCGGCGGCGGCCAGCUGCUGAACACGGCUAUGGGAUGGUUGGGGUUGGGCGGUGGUCCGGCGGACUGGAAGCUUUCGGUCGCAGAGUUUGUCUACUGGUAUAUCCUGCCGGCUGUCAGGAUAUGGUUCGCAAUCUUUGUUCUCGACACAUGGCAGUACUUUUUGCACCGGCUCAUGCACGAGUCCAAGUGGCUUUACAAAACGUUUCACUCUCGUCACCACCGUCUCUACGUUCCAUUCGCGUUCGGCGCGCUCUACAACCAUUGGUUCGAAGGUCUACUCAUGGACACCAUCGGCGCCGGGCUCGGUUACAAACUUUCGGGAAUGGGCAUCCGCGGCGGAAUGAUUUUCUUUUCUUUCUCGACCAUGAAGACCGUCGACGACCAUUGCGGGUACGCACUGCCAUGGGAUCCUCUGCAGAAGAUCUUCUGGAAUAAUGCCGGCUACCACGAUGUGCACCACCAGAGCUGGGGAAUCAAGACCAAUUACUCGCAGCCAUUCCUGAUCUGCUGGGACCGCUGGCUCGGAACGCAAUGGACGGGUGGCGACGCGUCGGCGCGCUACGCCGCCUCGCGCGAACGUGCCGCUGCCGCUGUAGAACGGGACCGCGUCGCCGCUCUCCUCCCGCCGCAGAAAGACGACAUCACAAACUCGCACGUGAAUGGCCACACCACCACCAACGGCGGCGUCGCGGCCAUGAACGGCAAGGUACGGGAGGGGCGGAAACAAGUGGGCGAGACGGUGGUGCGGGAAGAGGCGGCGGAGGAGCGGCGAGCACAGGCCGAGGUCGAGUCGCUCCGGAGGAGUACGCGCAGGAGGACUACAAGGAUUGCCGCGUAA